AUGCUGGCAUCACGCAUCGUAAGAACGACAAUAUUCGCGAGAAGAUCAAGAGCCUGGAGGCGAGUUUUAAGCGGGCCGAAGAUUGGCGUGCUAACACCGGCCAAGGGGUUACUGACGAGGGCGAUCUGA